AUGCACACCCAACGGGGGGCAGCUGGCCCUAGCCGGGGGUCUGAGACAGCCACGGCAGGUGUCUGGAGCUCCCGGGAAUGGGCCGAGGAGGAGGAUCGCCGCACGGGACGCGAGGGCUGGACCAGCGGUGAGGUGGGAGUAAAGGUUGGAUUUUAAGGCGGGGGCAGCUUCCGGAGACACGCGCUCAGGUUGGAAGGUGGGGUAAAUGCCGGGUCGGCGAGUGCACCUUGUUCUGCACCCCUGCGCCCACCUCGGGAAUUGCACGCGGCACCCCCACCCCCCACGCUGAUGAUAGUACAGCCUGCAGGGCUCCCCUGGCGAACGAAGCUAAUGGUUCGCUCCACCCCGCCCACACAGAGGCCGCCCACCGGCUCUGCAGCUCUCAGGACUCCGCUGUCAGACCAACUACAGAAGGGGCUUGGCCUUCGCCCUCAGUCUCUCUUAAGGGCAGGCGGCGUUGUCUUCGGUUACGACCCCGCACUCGGACCCAGACAGGGUCCCAGCCUCCGCCUUGGACUUAUGCCUAGGAAGCCGGCCAGCCUCCGCCUUCAGACCUUGGGGGAAACUCUACCUCUGCUCUCAGACUCUGAAAAGGGUUUCUUCCCGGCCUGCUCUAGAUUUCAGCUGUUCUCCCUCCCCCACAUCCCAAGACACUCUAACCCCACGAUGCAAGACAGACACACAGACACUCAGUGGGGGUCAAAGAUCUUUAAAUAAGGAGCCGGUGACAAUAAAUACUGUACAGGGUAGGGCGCGGGGUGAGGGUCCAGAUACUGUGGCUUCAGCCUCGAGACUCCAAGGACCUGCAGAGAGAGUGAAAAGAUGGGAGCCAAGCUCAGGGGAGGGGACCCGGGGAGGGCUGGGAGAGAACCAGGACGGGGGUUCCAGAGCCAAGGGCCCAGGGAAGUGGAUUGACGGAUUCCGGAGAGUGGAUCUUGGGAUGACAGUGAGCUGGGUGUCCCCAAGGGAUUUAGCCAGAGUGGCUUGUAAGAGCCUGGGUCGGGGUCAAAGGUCAGAACCCCAGGGAGAGGAGCCAGGGCUGGGGGUAGCCAUGAAGGUACCAGAAAUCACUGGCCUGGUUUGGGACUCUGAGGAUAAAGGAGGCAACAGGGGCGCCGGGGUGUGGGGGCAAAGGGCUCACGAGUA